GUUUAUUUUUAUUUUCACUAAAAGUCGGGUCUGGCUGUGGAAAAUAAGGUGCGCCACGCAAUAGAGUUAAAUAAAUUCAAUAUUUUUAAUUUAAAAAAGAAAAAUAAAAUAAUUUAAAAUGGGAAUAAAAGGCUGUCAAAUUCAAUUAGAUAAUCCAUGGAAUACCUAUUAUGCUGGACAAACAGUUAAUGGACAAGUGUUAUUAACUUUUGAUAAACCCAAAAAAGUUCGUGGAAUUACAGCAAGAUUUUUAGGUGAAGCCAACACAUCUUGGCAGGAAGUAAGAAAAACAACUAAUACUCAAACUGGAAAAGAGGAAGAUGAAACUGAAAACUUAACUGGUCAUGAAGAAUAUUUUCAAAUACAAUACUAUAUACUAGGUGGAAAAAAUGCCGCAGAAACCGAACUUCCGGCUGGUACACAUACUUAUCCAUUUUCAUGUGCUUUACCUCCUACACUACCAUCAAGUUUUGAAGGGGCACAUGGGCAUGUUCGUUAUACUAUUAAAAUAACACUAGAUCGUCCUUGGAAAUUUGACCAAGAUAUGAAAAUGGCUUUCACGGUUAUUUCUCCAGUGGAUUUAAAUUUGAAUCCUAGGAUUAAAGAACCGGCCAAACUCGAACUUGAAAAAUCAUUCUGUUGUUUUUGUUGUAAAUCAGGUCCAUUAGCUGUUAUUGUUCAUGUUCCAGUUUCUGGUUACGUUUCUGGACAAAUUAUCCCAAUUACUGCUGAAUGUGAUAAUGCUAGUAAUGUUGACAUUAAUAUUAUCAAAUUUAUUUUGAGGAAAGUCGUUACAUUCACUGUGACUCAACCACGAGCUGACAAAAAAGUGGAGAAAGUAACUAUUGCUGAAUUGAAUGUGGGACCUAUAGCAGGAAAUGAAUCGAAAAAUUUUAAUCAACAAUUAGAAAUCCCGCCACUUCCUCCUUCGAAUUUACAAAAUUGUGGACUCAUUGAUUUAGAUUAUCAAUUGUAUAUUGAAGUUGAUGUUAGUGGUCCCCAUACAAAUUUAACAGGGCAUAUUCCUAUCACAUUGGGUACCAUACCACUAGUUUCUUUUCAACCUCCCGCUCCAAUGACCGAUGUUCCUAUUCAAGAUCCUUCUAUGGCUCCAACUCAACCCGUCAGCCCAGCUAGUCCACCGAAUGGUAGCGGGGGCGCCUUAGGAUGGAAUAUGGGAGAUUCUGGUCAAUUAUAUCCAAAUAUGCCCCCUCCAACAUUUUCUGAAGGCGACUUCAAACCUGAAUCAAUAGUUGACAGACAAGACUCUGAACAUACGGCUCUUAUCGGCAAUUUUGCUCCGAGAUACCCGACUUACCAAUUUAAUAAGCCAUCCGCUCCGUCAUAUUAAAAACAUUCGUUUUCUAUAGGUCUAGUUUUCAUAUUAAAUAUUUGUUUCUUCAAAAUUAAAGAGCCUUCCAAUAAAAGCAUCCAAAUACUAUUAACUUUUCGUAUUGAAUUAUAAUCAAAAAAUAACAUCGAAUAUUGAAAAACAAAAAUAGUAAAUAAGUACAAAAGUUUUCAAAGUUUUAACAUAUUUACUGAAAAUUUUCAUUAAAAAAUAAAUUUGUAAUCUUUUGAACUAUAUAUCAAUUAUUUAAAACUGGGAAUAUUGUAUAACUUUCAAUGGUGUGGUAUUAAUUCCAAUUGAGGAAUGAAAAAAAAUCUUAUGAUUAAAAUAAUAAUUUUUUAAAUAGAAUAAAUUAUAAGACAUUGUAGAGCUAAAAAAAUCCCUUCAUUUCUUAAAUGUAAAAAAAUCAAUUAAAUUUCUACAACAUUGUAUUGGAUAAAAAUGGAUGCUUCAAAUUGUUAUCAAAAUUACUAAAUAAAAAAAAAAUAAAUUGCUUUAAAAACUAAACUCAGGAACAUGUUCGUUUCAAGUAAAAUAAAAACAAAUAUAAUUUGAGUGCGAAAAACACAGUAUAAUAUAGAAGAAUGUUGUUUAUUAAGAUAUAGCAAUAUCUUCUUUUUACAUGUUCAUCUAUUAUGAAAUUUUUAAAAAAUUAAAAUAGUCCUAAUAAUUAACUAAUAAAUAAACUUGUAAUAAUUGUUCUUAGUGCCUAAAGAUAUACAUAAAGACAUAAGGAAAACAAAAAAAAAAUUUUACAACAGCUUAGAAUUGUAAUUAAAUUUGUCAAGAAAAUUUUAACCGUCUCUUAUUAUAAUAAUAUGGAAGAUGAUUUCGAAUACUUAAUUAUAUUAACUUAAAAAUAUAGAAAUAAAAAUGUGCUGUUUAUUUUAGAUGAAUAUUAGUAAAAUUUGCUUUAAAAGUUUAAAAAUAAAUUUGCUUGUUAUAAACUUAUGCAAUUUUAAAUCAGAAAAAAAUAUGAAUGUAUUUAAAUCAUUUUUUGCUCAACAGAUAUUAAUAUUGUAUAUAUUUUGAAAAUAAAUUAUUCAGGAAUCCUGAAAUAUUAAUGCCAGUCCAUAAAAAUUAAAAUAAAAUAAAAAAAAUUUAUUAAUAUAAAAAUGUAUAAGCAAGUAAACUUAUAUUUCUCAUACAUAUAUUUUUCAGAUUCUGAAUUUUGUAUUUUCAAUUUAUGUUGCCAUUUUACAAUGCUAUUAAAAUUAAAAAGAUCAGCUUAAUAUAUUUUUCAUAUUCAAAAGUAUUUUUAUAUUUCAAUCAAAUUAUUACAAUUUAUAAAAUACUAUUAAGUACAUAAUUUAAUUUUACUUUUAUUUUAAUUUUGCGUAUAAAAUAUAAAAAAUAAUUUUAAAAUUAAUAUUAAUCACAAAGAAAAAAACGCAAUCAAUAAUAAUUGUUAAAAUAUUAAUAUAUAUAAAAAAAAAGGAAGUAAAUUCAUUUUCUAUGCAUUUUACAACCACGAUAACAAUUAAGAAAUAAAGAAAAAUAUUUUUUUACAAAUAAUUUGCACAAUGACUUGUUAAAUGAUUUAAAACAAAAAAAUUAAAAAAUAAUUUAAAAAUAAGAACAAAAUAUGUAGAUUUACGAAUCCUUUCGUGGGUAAGCAAUUUUGUUCAAAUACGAGUAAAAUUAAGCUUCAAAAACAUUUUAAAAAUUUUGGAAAUUUUUUGAUAGAACUAUUUUUUUGGACGAACUCAUACAAAUUGUGUUUCUGCGAUUUGAUUCGUAAACAUAUAAUUUAGAAAAAAAAUGUGUUGCAUUUUGUAUGUAAUUUAGUUGUAUAUAUUUACAUAAUUAUAUACGAAAAACUUACUUUAAUUUAAUUUUUCUUAUAAAUAUUUAUAUUAUUUUUUAUUGUAAACAUUGCAUCAUUUAUUUUGAUAUUUUUGUUAUUUUUUUUUUUUAUUUUUACUCUCACAUAAAAUUAUUCAGAUAAAAUGUAUUAAAUUUUCAAUAAAAAAAAAUUGGUU